AUUUUCAAAUCCAAAGCCCCACGGACUGCCGAUCUCAACCCUUUUGUGAUACAAUUCUGCUGUCAUAUUUUAGGGUCGAGAAAUAAGAUGAAUGAUUCUUGAUGAAUCGUAUCUACGAUUGGCUUGGUGAUGGUUGAUAAACGAUGGCGGACAUCAACCCCCCCAGACAGACUGAAUCACCGGCCACUCGCCGCAAUGGCACACUCCAGUCGUGUGAGCCUUGUCGAAAAGCAAAGUUACGAUGUGAUCACGAAAGGCCUGUCUGUGGCAGAUGUUCGAGGAAGAAGAUCGCUGAGAGUUGCUUCUACCAUCCCGCUCCUAUGACGAGGAGAGGUCCACGAGCGAACCCUGUUGGACGUCCACGUUCAACGUCAAGGAGAUUAGCAGGCAAUCAGCCAAGCUCAAGUACUUCAAGUCCGGGAUCAACACUGAACGGUACCCGGUUCCAUGCGACAUUAGAACCACCGUCAACACUGCCUGGCUACUUGGGUUCGACCAGCUACUCUGCUGUCCUUGCUGAGCAUGAUCGUCGCAGUGAUACUCCGAUCGAGAUGGAUGGCAGCAUUACGAAUGGGGUUGCCACCCCCUCCGUGGAUCCAUAUCGUGUUCAAAUGGGAGUCGAGGUGCUCCGGUUACUUUAUGAUUUUACCAUCUGUGACAUGAUAAUUCGAAAGUACUAUGGUCGCGCAUCUCUGGCUGUUGUUCCACAGGUCAUGAUGGAUAGUAUCCUAUGCUCUAUUCGAAAGAUUUUUGAUAGUUUUGACCUUCGCGAUAAUCUUGAACCGCAGUUUCGGGAUUUAGCCAAUUUGAUAUUCCAGAAUUCAUCACGUCCAUUGUUAACGCAUGGAUCGAUGACUGUUGAACAGUACUGCGAAUCUUUUACUGGCAACAAUUCUCGCUGGGAGGCAUUGGGAAGCAUAUUCGCCAUCUGCGGCGUGGCACUGAUGGCCACGCCAAGCAAUGACCCGGAGCUUAUCCAGGCUGUGGAUCAUAGUAAUCCCAAAGAAAAGCUUUUGAGUCAACUAGUGGAGGCGAGUGACAUCUGUCUUGGGUUUUGUGACCAAGCAGCCUCGGCCAACGAAUUGCUGGGAUUCUGUCAGUACAGCGAUAUCAUGCUGAAGACACAGCAAUUUGGCGACUCCAGCUACCAAGCCUGGCGGCGACUGGGCGAUUUAUCAGCUACAAUAUAUGCUGCUGGUCUUCAUCAAGAGAACAGUGAGACGGACGAUCGUCCUUUUUUUCUUCGUCAAUGGAGGAGAUCCUGUUUUAUCUCUGCCUUUUACGCAGACAUAUCAAUUGCCACGUUUGUCGGACGACCACCGCUGAUCAAUUACCGGUACUGCACGUCGACGCCUCCUUUGGACUUGAGCGACGAUGUCCUAAUUGCCGGCGGUGAUGAUCUUGAUCGAGCAAUCGCCGAGCUUGACGCACACGGAUGGGACGCCCACGGGAAUAAGCACCGGGUAAGUACUAUACGACUUCGAUUUCUACUCGCUGUCUUUCGAGAAGAAACGCUUGAUGUGGCCCUGGGAACGCACAGCCAGGAAGAUCUUAUUCAAAAGUACAACCAAAUUACCGAAAAAGCGCGAGCAACCUGGGAAUCGUGCCCAGCGCAUCUGCGGUAUGAUUUGCUUGUCAAAGAAAGCUGCGAUACUUCCUAUCCAACAUUUACGAUGCUUCAUGUCUAUCUUGAUUACCUCUAUACCUUCUUUCUCCUCCAGCGUACUCUUGUCAAGCGCACCAGUACCUGCCAUGAACCGCUGUUUGACACGUCGAGACAGCUUUUAUCAAUUAUAAUCAAGAUCAGUGCUGAGAGGGAUCCACUGUUGGAUAUGAGCAGGCACUAUGCGUGGAUUGUACUAUCCUACGGACUCCCUAGUGCUAGCUUAUUGAUACUCGAACUCCUCCACCAAAACCAAGGACUCGGACCGCAUCCCAUUGCCUUACCACGUGCAGAGCUCAUUCGCAAUUUGAGCAUUUUCAUAUCCUGUCUGUCAUGGGUGGCACGUCCCGGACAUGGCAACUACCACACAUGCAAGCAAGUGGAAAAGAGGUUAUCCCAGAUCCUCGAUCAGAUACUUGAUCCGCAGCCGAUGCAGGGGGAACUAUUCAACGACGCUACCUCUGGACUUAAUGAUUUCUUGGACUGGUACACUUAUAGCAACUGGGAUUUUAAUUCGGAGUUUCUACCAUCGAGGGAUGGGUUUACCUUUUGAAGAUUGAAGUACAAAGAAACAGCACGAGCAAACUGCAACGAUAGCCGAGUGUCAUAUCACCGUAACAUCGACAAUGCAAGUUGCACAAACGCAUCUGGAACAUCUGAAACAUCAUAGAUGCACAGGAAGAAAGAAACGAGGAAAGCAAGACCAGUUGGAUUUCCCGUGAUUGCUCUUAGCAAUUGCGCAGAAGCCUCUCACCAGGCAUCCAAUCGCAAAAAAGGCCAUCAAACGAAUAACCCAUCCAACGGAAACCGGUACCAAAUGAAAUACCUCUGACAAGUCGGACACUGGUGCUUCUUCUUCAAAUACCAAGUCUCAAGGCGUUCUUUAUGAAAGACGUGACGG